AUGUCCCAAAGAAAAAAAGAAAAUAAAAUAACAGAGAUUGAUGAAUCUGCCUUGGAGGAGAAAAUAAUAUUUGGACCAGUCCCACAUGAAUUUUUUGGAUUUAGAAUUUUAAGAUUUUUUGUAAUUAUUACAUGGGCUAUAAUAGUAACAACUUUAGUUUGGUUAUCAAUUCCAUUUGGAUUUAUAUUAGGACCAAUUUAUAAGAAAUAUAAUAUAUCAAAAUGGUAUUCACCAUUGGAGAUGGCAUCUAGAGCAUGGUCAAUAGGUAUAUUAUGGAUAUUAAAUAUUAAAGUUAGAACCGAAGGAUUUGAAUUAUAUAAAGAUUUUAAACAACAACCAUCAGUAUUGAUGUAUAGUCAUUCAUCAUACUUGGAUCCAAUUGUUUUGCAAGGUUAUUCACCAAUUCCAUGUAAAUAUAUCUAUAAAAAGGAAUUGAUUUAUUUAUUCCCAUGGUUAUUUUUAUUAGCUUAUUUCGUUGGUCAUAUUCCAAUUAAUAGGGGAAAGAAGAAUUCAGCAAUCUCAAGUAUCAACGAUGCCGCAAAUAUCAUUGAAACUAAGAAAUAUUGUAUUGCAAUUUCACCAGAAGGAACUCGUUCAAAAGAUGGUAAUUUAAUGGAAUUCAAAAAAGGUCCAUUCCAUUUAGCAAUGAAAUCACAUUCAACAAUUGUUCCAGUUGUAUUUUUUGGAAAUAAUCAAAUUUGGAAUGCAAAUACAUUUUUUCCACAUUCUGGUUCUUUAGUUGUAAGAUGUUUACCACCAAUUAAAAUUUCAAAAGAUGAUACAGUUGAUUCAAUUAGUAAAAAAGUUAGAAUUGAAAUGUUAAAAUCACUUCAUACUAAACCAGUAGAUUAUAAAACUUUCUCUGAAACUGGUAUUUCUCGUACUGUUAUCUAUUUAACUCUUCUCAGUUAUAUUGUUUAUUCUGGUUUAAAUUGGUUUGGUUGUUUAUAA